GAUGCACGUACGAUCGCUGGCGAUGUGCAGAAUGCUGAGGACGUAGAUCCUUGGGCUGAUGAAGGACCUAACAAAAGCUGGGCUGAUCAAGUUCAAGAUGAACUUGAUGAUACUCGUUCGGUUGCUGCUAGCUCUACUGGAGGUUAGGGAACUGUCUCCAACGGCCCCUGGUAGAGUGCUGAAUGUCGUCUUACUCUGUCUUGGAAUGGCGAUAUCUCGGUUCCGGACCCUGUUGGGAAUGUAUGAAUACGAUGUGAUCUCUCUCCUUGUCUUGUUUCUUCGACCGCUUUAUGCGUUGUACAACAUAGAUAUCCCCAAUCCACAUUGCUAUCAUCUAGCUUUACUGUCGUUGUAUCCUUUGGUUGUGUGUAUCAUAGAUGUUUUGCUGUGUGAUCAUUAUAUGCGUACUUCUCUUCUGGCUUGACAGCGUUUCGUAUACACUCUAUAGAUUUAUCCGUGCUGACUACCUCGACUGGCGAACUGUUCAUCAGUGGGGGCCCCACUCGCAGACUUCACAAUGGUAUUCACCUCUUGCCGCUGAGUUGUAGU